CCAAUAGCAGGUUUUAUAUGCAGUCAAUAGCAGGUUUUAUAUGCAGUCAAAAGCAAGUUUAAAAGCAUAAAAAUCAGAGAGGAAAAAUUAAAAACACUCUUAAAUUUGUUUAAAGAUAAUGUUGAUCAAAAAAUAUUUUUUGGACUUAUCACUAACUUUAAUAACAUCGUUUUUUCAAAAUUCAUUUUUGGAAAAUACAAUACCAAAAUACAGUUUUGGUUUUUAUGGUUCACCUGAAUUAUCGGCAUUUAAUGCGGAUUAUAGCAGCUGUGUGCAAACUUGCUGGAAAAAAAUUGAAAGUGGUGCAUUGUAUGAAGGAGCAGUUAUAAAUUACAAUGAUAAACAGUGCUUCUGUUCUAUUACGCAGAUUGGGCUACCGUUAAAUUACAUGAGUAACCGCGAAAGCAUAAGUUUUUUAUUUUCGAUUUUUCAACCAGAAUCUGAAAUUUGUUCUAUUGGUUCCUAUAUAAAUUUUCGAGUGAGAAUCAGUUUUUAUCUCGAAGGAAAAGACGAAAGCACGUUAUACUUUAUUGAUGACCUCGAUAAUUCAAUCGACUCUUCAGGAAGGAUAAUUAUCACACAGUUUAUAAAUCGAGGUAGAGGUUUUCACUCAUCUAUAAAGACGGAGAGAAAUAAAAAGAGCAAGCUUUACUCGUCAGUAAAAGAAACUUAUUCAGGAAAUGUAAAUUCUAAGUUUGAGAACUUUUAUGAUUUAGAAACAAAGAUUGGCGAUAUGUCUGUUGAAUAUAUUCACACGGAAUGGGCAGUGCUGACUUAUUCCACUAUUGAUUCUUUGCGGGUUACAUUGACUCCGUUUACUAUUCAACGUCCAAUAAGAAAAUGUAGUCUUAUCAUGACAGCUUCAAACUAUACUUUAAAUCAAAACAUGUUUAUUAACCUCAACUUGACAACUAGUGCUGACUGCGUUGCAGAUCUUGAGAGCAUUUCAAUAUUUAUUGAACAUCACCGAAGAUUCAAGUUCAAAAGACUAAUUUUGGAUAAUUUAAGUAUCAAUCCAACAUCAAUGAUUAAUCAUAAAUACUAUGAUCUUAUUUAUAUAGAAAAAAUCUACAUUGAUUCUUUUUUAAAAUUUUCUGUGGAUUACGAAAUUGAUACGCUAUUUGUUUUUGGAAAAGAGGUCAUCUCGACAAUAACAACUAUUAAUUGGAAUGAAUGCACCGAUGAUAAAUCCGUAACAUUUUUAAAGCGAAUGGUUUUUAAUAGUAUCGUGGAAUUAACAAGGAAAGCAUUUAUUCAAACAUUUCCAAAGUUAGACAUGACAAGUGAAACUACGUUUGAAAAUAAGACACAUCUGUAUGAGUGCAUGUCAGUUGAAAAAAGAGAGCCAAGUCCAUGCUUUCAACUUGAAAAAAGUACUGGCCAAAUAAUGUAUUUUCCAAUUCACGUGUUGAAACUUAUUGGUUAUGAUCCCUUGACAAAUUUUUUUUACGGAAAAACAUUCCGAGAAAAUAUUAUCCAAGUUGAUAUUUAUGGUAAAAAACCUGUCGUUAUAAUUACAAAAGAUAAAUGGUUAUCUGCAAUUAGUUCAUCUCGUUUUCAAAUCGUUGAUAAAAUACAAUAAAAUAAUUUGAAUUAGAAUUUAAAAUUCAGAUAAUUUUACAAUUAGACUUUUGUAAUUUAAGCUUUUAUAAUUCAAGAGAUCUUUUAAAUAAAAACGAAUUCUUCGGUCCCUUUAGAGUUUAAUAUUUAGGAUUGAACACUAUGAUUCGAAAACUCUUGUUAUUGGAACACAGACCCUUUUCGUAUUUGAAUUACAUGAUUUCAACUAUAUAUAGAACGUUUACACACAGGUUAUUCGGAUAUUUUUAAGAAUUUUAAAAGUAAUAAAAGUAUUAUUAGAAUUUUGCUAUAGUUGUUAGUUAAAUAAUAAACAAAAUAAUAUAUUGUCUGAUGAAAGUAUUUAUGUAAUAUUAUAGUUAAUUAUGUAAAUGAAAAGCUUUGGUUUGAAA